CGUAUCCUGCGUGGGGCUUUGAGACGCGGUGAGGGGAGGUGGAGGCGGAGGCAAGUUUGGAAGCCAGGGGUUUUGUUUGUUUGCUGUUAAUCCAACCGGGGGACAUUUUGCCUGGAUUUUUAGGGAGAGGGAGAGACAGAGAGAAACAUCCAUGUGAGAGAAACACAUCGACUGGUUGCCUCCUGUGUGCGCCUCAACCAGGGCGCGGGCCCGGGAGGAGCCUGCAACCACGGUACGUGCCCUUGACUGGAAUCGAACCCGGGACCCUUUGGUCUGCAGGCUGAGGCUCUGUCCACUGAGUCACACCGGCUAGGGCACCAAAGGUAAGCGGGGGUGGCCUCCUCUAAGAGCUGUACAUCUGCAGGGGUCAUGGGAGAAAGAAAAGCGAGCCAGGGUGGAGCAGGGGGUUAUCUGGCCCCUCCCCACACCCGACUCCCCCUCCUAACCACCCCAAGGCCACCGGGUAAAGGUGGGCUCCCCAAGGACCUACUGAUUAAGGGGCUUUCCCUCUAGGGCUGAGGACUGAGGCUAUACCAUCCUGUACCCAAAGGACUCUGAGCAAGGGCGUCCCUGAGCCCGGGCACCCAGAGGGGCCCCGCAGCGAGGAUGUCCACGCAGAGCAUUCACUGCCUGCCGCCCGUGGCCCUGCGCCUGCCGCCUGGGAUGCCCGAGCCCCCCGGCUGCCAGCGGCGCCACACGCUCCCCGCCAGCGAGUUCCGCUGCCUCACCCCCCAGGAUGCGGCCGGCGUGUUCGAGAUCGAGCGGGAAGCCUUCAUCUCCGUCUCGGGCGUGUGUCCCCUGUAUCUCGACGAGCUCCGGCGCUUCCUGACCCUGUGCCCAGAGCUCUCCCUGGGCUGGUUCCACGAGGGCCGCCUUGUGGCCUUCAUCAUCGGCUCGCUGUGGGACGAGGAGAGGCUCACACCGGAGGCCCUGCUGCUGCACCGGCCCGGGGGCCACACGGCCCACCUGCACGUGCUGGCCGUGCACCGCGCCUUCCGGCAGCAGGGCCGGGGCUCGCUCCUGCUGUGGCGCUACCUGUGCCACCUGGGCGGCCAGCCAGCCGUGCGCCGGGCCGUGCUCAUGUGCGAGGACGCGCUGGUGCCCUUCUACGCGCGGUUCGGCUUCCACCCCGUGGGCCCCUGUGCCGUGUCCGUGGGCCCGCUGGCCUUCACGGAGCUCCAGUGCUCGCUGCAGGGCCACGCCUCCCUGCGGAGGUACAGCUGCUGA